AUGAUCGCGAACUCCGGAUCAACUGUUUACGGUGGAAUUCUAUUGUUUAUUGUUCUCUUUUUGAUCGGAUUCACUGAUUGUGUUGCUGGGAUUGCGAUUGAGCUUGCUAUGGCAUUGAGUUAUUCAGCAUAUGACGCUUUGCAAAGUGCAAUGGUGUCUACAAUGUCGAACGAUUUAUUUGCGAACAAACUGCCAUUAAUUAUAUUCGAAUUUUGA